AUGCUACUACCCUGUUAUCACCCCGCCUUCCCUCCUUUCCCUCCUUUCCCUCCCUUUCCUCCCUCCACUCCCUCUUCUCAUCCCCUCUCCCAACAACCCUCACUCAUCUGUCGCACAACCCUCUUCCGGUCCCUGCGUGCCCCCAUGCCCCUCCCCAUGUGGAUUCCCUCCCCCCACACUCCACCGUGCCCGCUGACCUCCGUGAGCCCGCGGCUGCACCCCCUGCGUCCAACCCUCUCCGGCCUUCGCUGGCAGUCAAGCUGUUCCGCAGGCGCUGGCGGCAUGGGGGCAGCUUGGGGGCGGCUGGCAGGCGUGGUCGGGCAGCAGCAUGUGAGUGCUGCUCCAGCGCAUGUGAGUGCUGCUCCAGCGCAUGUGAGUGCUGCUCCAGCGCAUGUGAGUGCUGCUCCAGCGCAUGUGAGUGCUACUCCAGCGCAUGUGAAUGCUGCUCCAGCGCAUGUGAGUGCUGCUCCAGCGCAUGUGAGUACUGCUCCAGCGCAUGUGAGUGCUGCUCCAGCGCAUGUGAGUGCUGCUCCAGCGCAUGUGAGUGCUGCUCCAGCGCAUGUGAGUGCUGCUCCAGCGCAUGUGAGUGCUGCUCCAGCGCAUGUGAGUGCUGCUCCAGCGCAUGUGAGUGCUGCUCCAGCGGAUGUGAGUGCUACUCCAGCGCAUGUGAAUGCUGCUCCAGCGCAUGUGAGUGCUGCUCCAGCACAUUGCGGCAGAUGGGACGCACCAUCAACGUCCCAGGCAUCCCUCUCCUCACCUCAGUACAUUGCCCCAUCUGUAGUCCUUCCACGUCUCCCCUCCCUCUCCCUCUCCUAA